AUGUCACCAUCAAACCCUUCAAAAACUCUGAACCGGCGGCGGCAGGCCCGCCCCCUCCGUCUCCACCUCUUUCUUCCGCCGCAUCUCCAGCACUUUCCGGUGGUUGUUCGAGUGCUGCUCGUUCGAAAAACUCGGGCUACAGGCGGGCCUGUACUCCGGCAGCAGCCGCCCCGACUUGUACCUCACCCCGCAAGCAUUGCAGAGAGUCUUCGGGCCAAGCGGCCCGGCCCUCCACUGCGGCGUCUUGGUAACCCCGCAGUGAGCGCACCUCCUCUGCCCCGCCGAAGCUCCGCCGCCCGACUUCGCCCUCCUGGUGCUUGGCGGUGGAAACGAGGUGGUGGUGGAGACAGAGGAGCUCGGCGAGGCGUCCGGCCCGGCAGAAGAGGGGGAGAGAACGGGCCAGACGCGAACCCCAGUUCGGGCCCUCUUCGUUCGGGCCUUGGUCUGAACCGGAGUCGUCAAGCACUCCGAUCCGGCCGGCGGCGUGGGGAAUUUUCCGGCGAGCGAAUAAUCCGGCAACGACCGAGCUCGCUCUCAUGGAGAGUUCCGAAAUCGUCUCCGGCGACGAAACCACGGUUCUCCGGUGCCGGCGUUGCUUGCUUCUCAAGGGCGGCUUCUCCGGUCCCGGGUUCAUUCCCAGGCGGAGGCGGAGGCGGAGGCGGAGGCUCCUCUGUUUCGGAAAAUCCGUUUGAAAAAUCGAGGAGCUCGUCGACAAACAAGUCGUCCCCCGGGCAGCCGGCCGAAUCACCCGCCGGCGCCGCCUCCGGGUCGAACCCGCCUCCACAACCCAGCUCCAUUCCCUACAGGCAAAAUCGAAAAACUCUCAUGCAAAAUUAA